CGGGCGCAGCUUCCUACGGGAGAGGGCAGGGAAGACCGGAUGGCGUCUCUUAAACUGGAGCCCUGCCUGCGUUUUUCUGGCGGGAUGGCCCUCCCCUCCCCCAUCCCGAAGGCAGUUCCACCCUCUGCGGAGGACGCCUUCGCCCCCGCUCGCCUCGGCCCCCUGCUGCUUUUUUCCUUGCGGUGCCUUUAGAGUACGGCCUUGAGAGUCCCGCUAGUCGCCGGGCCCGGGUGGGGCCGGUACGUGGUGCGAGGGUGGGGACGACUGGGUCCGGGUGGCUCCUGCGCAGCUCCUUCGGGCAUCUGGGCCCCGGACGCCCGUCGGUGCCACGCUGGCCCUCUGGCCCUGCGGGGCGGCAUCUUGACCUUCCGGCAGCUCACCCCGUGCCCGCGCCGCGAGCUGCAGCCAUCAGGCGUCGGUCCCGGCUCAUAAGUCCCCAGCCAGUAGCCUAAGUCACUUGUUAGGGUGCAUAUAUAUGUAAAACCCCGUUUGGUUUUAUUUUUCGGUACCACCUAGGGACACGAGUGGUUUGAAGCAGUUCAUCUCUUUGCAAAGAGAUAAAGAGUUGUACUUCAGCAAAGAUUGAUUCUAAGUUGGACAUAUAGUGGGGUUCUAGUUCAAGUUUUCCUGCAGCAUCUUUGUUUUAUUUAUUUUAAAAUCUGAAAAAUAUAUACUUGUUUCAAACUAAGGGUGGAAAAGAAUGUGCUUUUAAAACUCUAGUAUAAAAUAGCUUUUUAUUGUAAAUGCUUGUCUUUUGUUUAUACCAAUUAGGAAGAAAGUAUUUACAUUGCGUGAGAGGCCUUUAAAAGGUUGAAGUAUUUAACAUGUGCUGACUGCCUGUUAUCUGUAGUUUGGCUUGCACGUAGACGUUCUUAUUGUUGAAAAGUGACAGGUAGAAAGAUACUGACGUGUUUUGUAAGUUGCCUUUUUAAAAAAUGUUUUAGAUGGUAUGAUCUCCUUUUGUAAAUGUAAAAUAUAUAUGAGUACUUUAGCUUGAGAAUAUAUGUAGACGUCCAUCUGUACACCAGAAUGUUGACAGUGGUUUUCCUGGAUGAAUAGAUUCUAAGUGAUUUAAUUGAUUUACUUUUUUUUUCUAAUUUUACAGCAAUGUUAUAUAUUACAUCUGUAGAGUUUUGUUAUGUUUUUGUUUGUUUUAAUGGAGGUACUGGGGAUUGAGCCCAGGACCUGGUGAAUGCCAAGCAUACACUCUAACCACCUGUGGUGUGUUUUUUACGUGAGGAAGGGGGGUUGAAUGAAAAGUUGUAUAUUCAGAAUCUGCCCAACAAAAGGAGUAGCGAGCAGAUGUUUUUAUGACAUCCCUAAGUAAAAAUCCAAACUUCCUCAUCAGGGCAGUUAUACGAACAACAGGCACACAAAAAUAUUUGCUGAAAUGAUGGAUGGAAGCAUUUUUAGUCUUGAGUGGGCAUUUUACCAUCUUGCUUAAAGGAGGUCUGAUAAGUGUUUCAAUAUUGUUCAGCCCUAAGUAGGAGUCAAACAUUUCCUGCCAUCAGGGUGAGCCUAUUCCUUUCACCUGAUGGUCUGAAUCCUAGCCAGCUUGCAGCAUUGAUUUUAAUUCCAUGUUUGGUUUCCUUUUCUUGCUCUUUUGAAAGAAUUUGAAGUGUUUGACAUGCUUAGCUGACAGUUUUCGGUGUUCUCUCUGAUACAUUUAAAAUAUGAAGUAUAAAGCUUUUAACUGUUAAUUCUGGAAGUAUACAAAGGAGGUAUUAGUAAUAAAUCUGAGAUUUUAGUUUAUUGCAUAAACAUGAAAACAGCUUUUCUUUUGAUUUUUUAAUGCACUUGAUGGGGGUAGACUCAAGGAGCAUUGUGUUGUUAGGUGAGGUUUUAUUUAUAUUGAUACCAUUUCUGUAACUAUCAUGGUCAUCAGUUUCUUUGGGCAGUUCCCUUCCUCUCCCAGUUGGUGGCUGAAUAAGAACUGGAAGCAAGAUGUAACUUGCUGGUAGCAGUGAUUAGCAAUGAAGAUUUGCUCACACAGUUAGAUGUUCCAAACCCAGGAGUCAGAAGACAUGCUUUUUCGCUGCUGGUUCUGCUGCUUAAUUGACUUGACUUUCACUGAGUCUGUUUCCUCAUCAGUAAAAUUGGGGCCGGUUCGAUGGUAGCCCUUCUGUGUGCCCCCAUAGGAUUGUGUGAAGAUCAAAUAAAAUAAGGGAAAUGCAAGAACCUAAACAGCACUACUAAGUAAAUGAUCACAUCACGUGUAGUGCUGAUAUACCCAGAACUUAGUGAAGCAGCAAAUAUAAUAUGUCCACAUCAAGUUCCUUACCAGUAGAAACUAGAUGGUCUUAGUAAUGAUGCCAGGUUCUACCUGCUCUGUACAUAUAUAUCAUCUUGGUGAUAAGAAAAGCAGCUUAUUAAGCUGGUAGAGAAAACCUCACAUUUCUUUUUCUUACUUUCCCACUGCUACGUGGAAAGAACACAAAUCUGAAAUGGAGGAGGCAGUUCUGAUUCUAACACUAAUCUAUUACUUGAAUUGGGGUGAUCACUUUACCUCCCUAUUUGUUUCCAAAACUGAAAUAAAGGGAUUGAAAGCAUAAACCUGAAAGUCAAUUCGAUUUUUGUUCAAAUCCUAACCCUAACACUUAUUAAGUAUUCCUCUAUUUAUGCCUCAGUUUCCUUAUCAGUAACAAAGGGUAAAUGGUAGGGAUUUUGACUGUUGUGGAUUUUUGCAAAUGAUGAGAUUAAAUGAAGUUUGUACACAGCACGGUGUGUAAUUGGUGCUCAGUAAGUGAUCAUUUUUAUUUUUAUUUCUGAAUAAUCUAAAAGGAUUUAAACAGCGUAAGGUCUGUGAUUUGCUAUUGGCUUUCAUUAUAUUGGCUUUCAUCAUGGCUGAAUAAAUUAAUGCAGACUUAAAUUCCUAUUUUGAUGUUAAGAUAUAGCUAUAGCGUUAGAAGGUAAAUUCAUUUCAAAGAAAUAUGACACAUAUUUACAUGUAGUCACAUGUGUAUCAAUAGAUACAUAUUUUAGUACUUUAAUACUGUAUGUUCAAAGUAAUAUUAUACUUGAGUUAAUUCUGUAUAACUUUUCAGUUGAUUAAAGAUCUGGUACCACUGUAUUCUUGAGUCUCAAAAAUGAACUACAUUUUUGCUUAUAUGACUUCUGUCAUGCUUUUUCUACAGGCAUUUUUUUCCAUCUGUGAAAACUUCCCUGUAAUUCAUUUUUCCUCACUUCAGUAUUAAGAAUUAUACCAAAUUAAAUAGAUAUGAAUGAAUAUCCUAAAAAAAGAAAAAGGAAGACAUUACACCCUUCUCGUUAUUCAGAUUCCUCUGGAAUAAGCAGAAUUGCAGAUGGAUUCAAUGGAAUUUUUUCUGAUCAUUGUUACAGUGUUUGUUCUAUGAGACAACCAGACUUAAAAUAUUUUGACAACAAAGAUGAUGAUUCUGAUACAGAGACAUCCAAUGACUUGCCAAAAUUUACAGAUGGAAUCAAGGCCAGAAACAGAAAUCAGAACUACCUGGUUCCCAGUCCUGUACUUAGAAUUCUAGACCACACUACCUUUUCUGCAGAAAAAUCUACUGAUAUUGAAAUUUGUGAUGAAGAGUGUGACUCCCCGGAGUCAGUCAACCAGCAAACUCAAGAGGAGAGCCCUAUAGAAGUUCACACUGCUGAAGAUGUUCCAAUUGCUGCAGAAGUACAUGCAAUUUCUGAAGAUUAUGAUAUAGAGGCAGAAAAUAAUUCUUCUGAGAGUCUCCAAGACCAAAAUGAUGAAGAGCCACCAGCUAAACUUUGCAAAAUUCUUGACAAGAGCCAAGCUUUGAAUGUGACUGCCCAGCAGAAAUGGCCUUUACUGAGAGCUAAUAGCAGUGGCCUCUAUAAAUGUGAACUGUGUGAGUUCAACAGCAAGUAUUUUUCCGAUUUAAAACAACAUAUGAUCUUGAAGCAUAAGCGUACUGAUUCAAAUGUCUGUCGAGUGUGCAAGGAAAGUUUCUCCACCAACAUGCUUCUGAUCGAACACGCCAAACUGCAUGAAGAGGAUCCCUACAUUUGUAAAUACUGUGAUUAUAAGACAGUCAUUUUUGAGAAUCUCAGCCAGCACAUUGCAGACACCCAUUUCAGUGAUCACCUUUACUGGUGUGAGCAGUGUGAUGUACAGUUCUCCUCAAGCAGUGAGCUCUACCUGCAUUUCCAGGAGCACAGCUGUGAUGAACAAUACUUGUGUCAGUUCUGUGAACAUGAAACGAAUGAUCCAGAAGACUUGCACAGCCAUGUGGUAAAUGAGCAUGCAUGUAAGUUAAUAGAGUUAAGUGAUAAGUAUAACAAUGGAGAACAUGGACAGUACAGCCUCUUAAGCAAAAUUACCUUUGACAAAUGUAAAAACUUCUUCGUAUGUCAAGUAUGUGGUUUUCGGAGUAGACUUCAUACAAAUGUUAACAGGCACGUUGCUAUUGAACAUACCAAAAUUUUCCCUCAUGUUUGCGAUGACUGUGGGAAGGGCUUUUCAAGUAUGCUAGAGUAUUGCAAACAUUUAAAUUCACAUUUAUCUGAAGGGAUUUAUUUAUGUCAGUACUGUGAAUAUUCAACAGGACAGAUUGAAGAUCUUAAAAUUCAUCUAGAUUUCAAGCAUUCGGCUGAUUUACCUCAUAAAUGCAGUGACUGCCUGAUGAGAUUUGGAAAUGAAAGGGAAUUAAUAAGUCACCUUCCAGUCCAUGAGACAACUUGAUUGUUCUCUUUAACUUCCAUAAUGUUGAUGUAAAAUAAUAAAUUUGACUUUUUUUGGAGAUAUAAAGAUGGAUGAUUUCAAACAUAACUUAUGAGAAUUGUCUAACAAGAUUUUUUUAUAGCUGUCCAGUUUCCUUGGCAUUGCUACCUUUUUCAGUAUAUAAUUGUGUCCUAAAUGUGGUAUUUUCAGUGCAUUGUAGUUCAUAGUUUUAACCACUUUUAGUGACUGCCGUCUUGUUUCUUGCAUGUGUUCUGAUUUCAUAAAUUGAUAAGAAACAGAUGUACUGAAGAAAGUAGACUUUCCUUCUGUAAACAGAGGUGCUGUAAACUUUUUCUUCUUUAAACUCAAAACAAGCUCAGUUUUUUGUGUAUGAAGUCAUUAAAAUACUGCACUACCAGAACUAGAGUGCAACAUACAUAAUACACAGUUAAGUCCAUUGAUACUCCCAUUAAUAAGAACAGGACCCUCUUGAAUUCCCCAUCAGUUUUCCCCAAGGCUAUCAGUGAACGCUCCCACCUGUGUGAUUCCUUCAGUGACACUAGGAAGCCAGUUUUAUGGCAAGAAGGAAAAAUCUGGUUUUCUUGGCAGUCUUUUUUUAAAUUCUCGUUUUAUUUUAGCCCCAUCUAUGUGUUAAAUAAUUUUACACGGUGGUGAGGAGGAACUUUAAGGGGCUUAACAAUAAAGUAACAUUUCAUAACUCAUUUAUAAAUGAAACAAGUCAUUUAUAAUCUGUUCACAUUUCAUUUUCAGUUAUGCAACUGCAAAGUCAUGCCCAAACUUCUGAUAACAAGUCAUUUAUUUUCUGAGAAAAGCCACUGAAGUGUUAAAAUAGAAAUAGGAAGAUCUGGAAGAUAGGGGUUGCUGGUAUGAUAAGGAAUAAAUUACUUUUUAUAAUAGCAAAUCAGUCUUAACUCUUAUAUUGGUUCCCUGUGGCUACCAUAACAAAUUAUCACAGAGUGACUCAAACAAUAGAAAUUUAUUGUCUCACAGUUCUAGAUGCUGGAAGUUUGAAAUGUUAGCAUAGUUGGUUACUUCUGAGAGCUGUAAGGGAAGGAUCUGUUCUUGGCCAUUCUUCUUGGCUUGUUUAUCUCCCUGUAUGCAAGUCUAUCUCCAACUUCCCCCCUUUUCCGAGGAAUGAGUCUUUGGAUUAGGGCUUAUCCUGAUGACCUCACUUUAACUUGACAAAGACCCUAUCCCCGAAUAAGGUCAUAUUCUGAGGCACUGGGGCCAAGGACUUCAAUAUACAGACUGAGAUGAGUGAGGCAGAGACAACCACAAUUCAGUAACAGUUUCUUAAAUAGCACUAUCAAGAAGAUAGAAUUUUGUAUAUCAUUGGCCUCAAAUAUAAACAUUGCUGCUAACAGACAAUAUUGUUAACAAAUAUUGAUGUAGUUGCAACGACCAAUUGUUGACCCAUAGUUUUCCUACUGCAAGACCCGUGGGAAUUUAGUGUUUAGAGAAUGGUGGCAGCAGCAAGUAUUUUCAAAACCAAUCUUUUAUUUUUACUUUUCUGUCUUCUAUGCAUACCUGUACUCCUAGAAACUACCUUUCCAUCUGAUUGUAACAUUCCAGGUAGAGCUAUCUGAUACAAAUGUUUCUUAGAAGAUGUAAUUGGAAGAAAACCUUACCAACCAUUUGGUCUUAACCCUCUAGGUUUCUAAGUUUCUUAUAGAAAUAGAAACUUAGGUUAUUUUUAGGCCAAGGUCACAAAACCAGUUAUAAAAAGCAGGAGUGGAAUCCAAGUUAUUCAGCUCCCAUUCCAAUGAUGUUUCCAUUACAUCAUGUUACAUAAAAACCUAAGCUUUGUCCUUGGGAUGUUUUUCAUGGCUACUUAACCUAGCCAUUCAGCUUCCUUCCUGGUAAUUAAUUCUGUUUUCACACUUUUUUGAUAUACAUCCAGCUUCAGGAAUUUGAUUUUCAGAGAACAAACCUUAAGUAAUGCCUUGAUAGGUUUUUAUAUUUUUGUAUAUUUUACAGCCUUACAUUUGAUCAGGUGUUAGUAAUCAAAUUAGAGGUUUUAAUGAAACUACUCAAGAGACAUUAAACCCAAGUUUUAGUACCAUAUAAUGUGCUUUUUGAUGACUUUGCAGCUUGAGGACACAUCCCAGUGACAGUUUGUCCGAUAAAACCUUUCUGCUUUGACUCAGCUUUCAGAUAAGCCUGUGACCAUAAAUUGAGGUAGCAGGUUUAUAUUUUUGGCUUAACAAACCUACCUAAAAGAAAAUUUCUAACUACUCCUGGGUUUUUUCUACUCAAAGACAGACAUUUUCACUGUACUCUUCUGUGACUUGAGAGUUCAUAACUGAUAGUAAUGUUUAUUAGCAUCACAAUAGUAUUCUUGGCAGCAGUAAACAGUAGUGAUGGAUCUUUUUUUAUUGUUUUCUUUUUUUUAUCUUCACCUUUCAAUGAGUUGUUAUUGUUACAAGUUGAAAAUGAUUGUGCACUACUCAAAAGUCUCUCUUCUUGCUUAUAAAUUUGCCAGUUUUAAAUCACCUUUCUUAGAUUCCUCUGAAGGUGUAUUAUCACAUAUUAACCAGUUUCUUAGUUUUACAGGGUCUGUAGAGCCUGUUAGGUGAUUGCUGAGUUACUGGCAGGUAAAGCAUAUACAGGUUUUUUUUUUUUUCAAUAAACUAACACUAUUCCUAAUUUUUUAAUCUGAUUUUCAAGGCAUUAAGUUACUUAAUUCCUGACACUUUACAGUUAACCUUACUUAGCUUGUUUUGUCAGUCUUAGUACCUUUUGCAAGCAGGUUAAUAUAUUCCCCAAAUACUCUGAUUAAUUUUUAAUGGAAUUUUGAUGACUUAAAAGCACUAUAAGUGACAUAAAUUUGAAAAAGCUAAUAAAAAUCAAGUAGCCACAAUCCUCUUGGGAAGCAGAUUGACUUAAAAAAAAUCAAUACUAUUUAUUUAAAUGAAAUAGUUAAGACCAACUGUAAAUCCCAACACAGAAACAAAUUUGGUUAUUCAGGUUUACACUGCAACUUAACAGAUUCAUCCCUAUAAAUUCAAAAUGAACUUUCAGAUGUAUAUUCCUUUGUAACUUUCAGUUCUGGUGACUGAAGAUACAGAGUAUCUACAAGAAGUUUUAUUCAUGGCAUUGAGUUUAUGGAUUUACAAAUAUAAUAUAUUGGUUUAGCUUUCCAUAAAUUAAUCUCUUAAGACAACUUCGAGUCUAAGACAAAGAAAUAUGUACACCUGUAAUGUUAAAUAUAAACUGACAAAGCUAAAGGUUGUUACAUGUAAUGUACAUGUUUAUAUGACGUUUAUAUGCUCAAUAUAUAAGUUUAAAAAACUAAAAAUCUUAAUAGUUGCUUGGAGUCUGCUUCAUACUAGUGAUUUAAAAAGUAAUUUUCUGUAUAAAAUUUUUCCACAUUAAAGCAUCACACACCAUUUCCGUAUUAAGUUUAUUCUCUUUAGUAACUUUGGUAUUAAACUGGUAACUACCUGAACCCAAAAUAAAUCAUAUUUGUGAAAAGUAAUUUCUUCAUUCUAAAAAGAUAAUUUUCUCACAUUGCUAAAUAGAAAUACUGUAUUAUCUACUAGCCUUAUUCCCAUACCUUAAAAGUGAUGGUUAUUUAGAUACUUUUUAAAAUAAAUUUUUGUUAUCACAACCUUUAAGUUUGUUGUUUAUUUUGGGUUUUAAAGAGGCAAACAACUAUGACCCAGACAAUCUUUUUUCUUACUAAAAAUACUGAGCUGAAUGAAUUAUAUAUUGAAAAAUAUAAUGAAAAGUAUGUUUUGAAUAAAAACUGAAAGUUUUCUAGUUUUCAAUAGCAAGAUACUGGCCACCACCAAAAAACAUUACAGUUUGAAAUAACUGAUACUUUUGCCCUUUUUCUUCAGAGUAAGUUGAGAUUAGGAAUUGGAAUCAUACCAAAAUUAACACAGUAAUUAAUUUCUGGUGGGUAAUUUUUUUUAAUCCUCUUUCUAAAGGCCAUUUAUCAUGAUGUUUUGAAUUUGGAGUUUGGGAGUUUGAGAAUAUUGAAUUCUCUUUUCAUGCCUAUCAUGCACAUUUUAUUUAGGGCUGCCUCUUCUCUUUAUGGCAUUAUAUUUCUUAAACAUUGCUCAAACUAUAUUCUAUGACUGAUUACCCUCCUCUUUGCAACUUUUCCUCACCUCACUUGGAUUUUCAGAAAGUCUCAAAAGUUUAAAAUGUUCCCCAUUGACAAGGUGAGAAUGGACUUAUUUUAAUUCAUCCUCUCUGUUCUCCAAACAUUUUUAUUUUUGUUUUUUAUGUUAAUUAGACCAUUUCUGUCAUUCAGCUUUUUUUUUAAAUUGAAGUAUAGUCAGUUUACAUUGUCAUGUCAAUUUCUGGGGUACAGCAUAAUGUGUCAGUUAUACAUGUACAUACAUAUAUUCAUUUUCAUAUUCUUUUUUAUUAUAGGUUACUACUGAACUGUCUUAAAAUAACUUAUUCCCUUCACACCAUAUGCCUUAUCACUCACUUCUAUACCCUGUAAAUAUUUUAUAAAUUCCUGUCUAACAGCAAUACUGAAUUUAUAAAUUUCAAUGUGUCUUUUUUUUUAUUUUUAAGAAGCAGAAUAUCAUGGCACAGAUCUUAAUACUUCUUUAUGGUUAGAAGAUUAUAGUUAAGUGCCACAAGGUGUUCUUUAGUGAACAACUAAAUUGAUGAAGUAGAAGAACUAACCUCAAAUGACAGAAUGUUAGUUUGGGAGAAACCUCAGAGAUCAUCUAAUUCAGACUCAUAAAGUGCACAACAUACAAAAAUAAUUGUGUAUAGUACAUAGUUUUAUUUUCACAAUUGUAAAUUGUAUGUUGUAAAAUGUAACAUCAAAUUUGAUUCAUUAAUAUUUUUAUUUAGGACAGAACUAAUUUUUUUAAGCAAGUUGAUUUAAAGAAAAACAAGUAAAUAAUCAUACAUGGACACGGAAAAAUUGGACAGGAGAAACAUGAAUGAAAUUUGAGAUUACAAAAUUCUGAUCUUAACUUCUUGUUUAUAGCUUAGAAAAAUGAUUCUCUAACAUCAUUAGGCAAAUGCUUUUUAAGCUAGAAUAAAUAGGACUUCCAACUCUCUACCACUCUUCAAAGAAUUUUCUUCAGAAAAAGUUAAAAUGUGCCCUAUUUUUUUCAUGGAAUGUUAUACCAGACAGCUAAAGAGAGAAAAUAACAGAAUAAUACUGGACCAUGGUAUUUGGCUGUGAUUUCUAGUCCCCCUGUUUGCUAAGCAUAAAUUGUGUAACUAUAACCAACAUCAUGGAUGUAAUGUUACCAGAUUUCUCUCAGUCCAUGGAAUCUCUGCAACUCCUCAAAAACUUCUAGUUCACUACUAGUCAGUUUAACAGCUAUGGAAAAUCUACUAUCAAGCCAUGAGCACAGGGAUGCAUAGAUAUAAACUAUGGUUCUUGUCCUCAAAGAGAUUUACCACAUAGGGCAGGAAAAUCUGUCACCCUUCUGAAGUACAAUUCAGUUAAGUAUCAAACUGAGUGCCUUUUGUGUUUCUAAGUAUUUGCUUUAUAUACAAGGCUACUGUAAAUAUUCUUGUAUGUGUUGAGGUGUUUGGGGAUUUUGUUCUUUGUUUUCUUGGGGCAGGGAUGGGCUUCAUAUACAUAUAUUUUUUGAUUAUGAUUAAAUACUUCUAAAAUAUCCA